AUGGCAGAUCUCCGUCACCAAACAGACGGUCCAUCGCCGCUUUCCGCAAAAGGCUACGAUGAAUCACUUCUUCCCGAUUUCCACCGCGAAUUCUUGUCCGAAGAACAUCUUCAAGCAUUUUCCAAUGCGCUGAGCGCGCCAGAUCCAAGUCCUAGUACCGAUGAUUUGUCAACAUAUUCGCAAGCCCAGAGUCCGAGAGAACCAUCUACACCACAUCGCAGCAGCCUAGACAUACGGAGAAAUAGUAAAGUUACACUUGGUAGUGGAAUCAAUACAUCGGGAGAUAGGGGAAGCUUGUUUAUUACUGCGCAGAAUGAUUGGGCUCCGGUAAAUCCUACGAGGUUAGGAAGGGGGAAAAGGAAAGGAGAGAAGAAAAAGGCGGGUAGGAAACCAAGGAGGAGUCAAGAUGAGACGAGAGAGGGAUAUUUAUACUCGAUUUUGAAAUGGCCUUUACUGGGGGUGGUUUCAAUGUGGAUUGGGGGGUUAGGAUUGUCGUAUUUGGUGACGAGAUUGUAUGUUUGGACAUAUGAGCAUUUUAUUGCGUGGAGGGGCAAACGAAAUCGACUCCGAGAACAACUACACAGUACCACGAACUACGGCGAUUGGGUUAAAGAAGCACAAAAAUUAGAUACGUUUCUAGGAAACGACAAGUGGAAAGCCGAGGACGAAUAUGCAUACUAUGAUUCCAAAACAGUACGAAGAGUUUUAGAACAGAUUCGAAGAUGCAGACGAAAAAUCGAGCAAGAGGAACGAGCAGGAAACUCGUCUAAUGGAAGUGCUACGACAAAGGCGAAGGCAGUUGAAGACUUAAAGGCACUAAUCGAGGCAUGCGUAAAGAAUAAUUUUGUGGGAGUGGAAAAUUCGAGAUUAUACUCCCAAACUUAUUACGGGACGAAGAAUCUGGUACAGGAGUUCAUUGAUGAAGUCGAGAGAGGUGUUUCAAUCCUGGCAAAAUCAGAUCAACUUCAAGAUGAGGAAAAGCGUAGACUUUUCAAACGAAUGCACACGAAUUUUGGUCGCACAGCACUCUGUCUGUCUGGUGGAGCAUCCUUUGCAUAUUAUCAUUUUGGAGUCGUCAAAGCAUUGUUGGAUGCAAACCUUCUACCCGAAGUGAUUACAGGAACUUCAGGAGGUGCUCUAGUGGCUGCUUUAGUCGCCACAAGAACAAAUGACGAAUUAAAGGCAUUACUCGUACCAGCUCUGGCCGGAAAAAUCAGUGCCUGCUCAGAGCCGUUCACUACUUGGAUACCUAGAUGGUGGAAGUCAGGAGCUAGGUUUGAUUCGGUAGAAUGGGCUCGACGAUGUAGUUGGUUUACAAGAGGUAGUAUGACUUUUCGUGAAGCAUACGAACGAACUGGCCGGAUUCUCAACGUCUCAUGCGUCCCUGCCGAUCCUCAUAGCCCUACCAUCUUGACGAAUUAUCUUACAAGUCCUGACUGUGUUAUUUGGUCAGCGGUUCUUGCUUCAGCAGCUGUUCCUGGUAUCUUGAACCCUGUAGUUCUCAUGAUGAAGCAGCGAGAUGGUACUCUUGCGCCCUAUUCAUUCGGUCACAAAUGGAAGGAUGGUAGUCUACGAACUGACAUUCCACUCAAAGCAUUGAACUUACAUUUCAAUGUCAAUUUUAGCAUUGUCUCUCAAGUUAAUCCUCACAUCAACCUCUUUUUCUUCUCGUCGCGAGGUUCAGUCGGGCAACCCGUCACUCAUAGACGUGGUAGAGGUUGGAGAGGCGGAUUUCUUGGGAGCGCUACUGAACAAUAUCUCAAACUCGAUCUCAAAAAAUGGUUGAAAGUAGUACGCCAUCUUGAGUUACUACCCCGUCCCUUGGGUCAAGAUUGGAGUGAAAUAUGGCUUCAGCAAUUCUCGGGCACCAUUACCAUCUGGCCACGAUCAGUCAUCUCGGACUUUUGGAACAUCCUCAGUGAUCCAAAUCCCAAACAGUUAGGAAGAAUGCUUCACGUGGGUCAGCAGAGUGUAUUCCCUAAAUUAAUGUUUAUAGCCAAUCGAUUGAAAGUCGAGAGGAAUAUUGAGGCAGGAAGACGAGCCACGAGACAAGGCGUGAGAAGAGGUAGCAUCGAGAGUAUUUUGAGCGCAGAAGAUAUGAGAAGUCUGCUGCUAGGAAGUGGGACGGGGAGCGAAGCUGAAGGAGAGACGGCUACACAGUCAGAUGAUGAAAUGACGGAUGGUGUGGUGACGUCUGAAGAUGAAUUUGAUGGUCUUAGUUUGAAGAUGGGUGAAAAGGAUUCUUUGCCUUUGAUUAAUGGAGGAGAGAAGGAAGAGUAA